UUACACAGGAUUCAAGAUGGAGGAUGAGGGAGAUUUUGAUAGGAUUCCAGAAAUUAGAUAUCACAGAAAACUAGACAGAACGCCUGAAAAGGCUAAAAAAUUAAUGAAUGAUUAUGACAAGAAAUUGAUCAGCGAGUUUCGCAGAGCUAAGGAAAAUACUAGGUUGAAAUUAGUGGAUUUACAAGAUGAAAUUGAUGACAGAGACAAGGUAAUAGAACAAGAGAGAGAACUACGACUAGAGGCAGAGGGAAGGCUCCAGGCACAUUUAACCGACCUGUAUAACAACCCAGAGGUCAACAAGGAACUGAGGGAGCGCCUCCCCCGGGCCAACAAAGCAGACCCCCUGGAGUCACUCAGCAAUGAUACUGUAGAGGAAGGAGUCGUCAUAGAAACAAUGAAGAAGAGUUCCGACACCCCAGUUCAGGGCUCUACUGCAGCUGUCACUAAUUUGCAUGAUAUCUCAGAAAUUGAGAACCAGAUUAUCCCUGACAAGGAGAACCAGUCACAUAACAAGAAAGAGGAUUUACCCUCAGCACCUGUGGGAACAACACCACCCAGUCCCCUCAGAAGACCAUUGUCAUCUUCCAUGACUAACACCCCACAGUUCUCGUUUAACCCCUUUGGAAACUACACACCCUCCUUUAUGCACUCUCCUGUGUACCUCAACCAACCAUACCCUGCAGGCUACCUAAGCCCCUCCUUGUUUUCCUACAACAUGGGGUCCCCCAGGGGACAGCCAAUAAGACCGUCUUUUACCUCCAGUCUUCAACAGAUCCCAAGUGCUCAGAGCUCUGAAGAAACUAUUGUUUCCCAUGAUUCAACCACUGCCUCUUCAGAAAAUAUUGAUGCUCCAUUAGAAAUGACUGACCUCAAUUCAAGUCCUCAAAAAGAGGCCAAGUCAGGUGACCAGCAGCCCUCCACUGGAUAUAGUCCUUAUGCUGCAGCAUCCCCCUUCAGAAGUGCCCCAUUUCUACCUCCUAGUUCCCAUCAAGUGCAGUCUUCCUCUCCAGGCCUUUUUUCUGCAUAUUCACAUGGAUAUGGACUUGCUGCAUACAGUAGUUCUACAGACCAAGCCAAGCAAAUCUCUCUUCUUCUGUCAGAACUCGAUGCAGCGAAAGCACAGAACAAAAGAUUGGCAGAGAAGCUGGCUCAAACUGAACACGACUUGGAAACUUCUCGGCUGAAAUUAAAAACGAAAGACGUGGACUCUAAAGGAAACACAGAUUCCUCUGCUGCAGCAGGUAUGGUACAGGAAGUCCAUACAGCCCAAAGGAAGCGGGAAGAGAGCAUGAUGGGAAGGAUGAAGCUGAAUAGCCAGGAGAAGGAGGAAGCCCUGCGGAGGCUGAGAGAACUAGAAAGAAGGCUAGAUGAGGGUUACUCAGACAACACUGACUUAUCAGAUUUUGAUGACCCUGAUGAAGAUGAGGUUACAGAGGGCAUUGACAAUUUAUUGUCCCAGAUAGACUCAAACUACGGGAUAGAUAAAAAAUACAACUCAUUUCUACGGCGACUAGAACUGGUCAAACAACGACAAAGGGAGAUAACUGAGGAGGAGAUGAACACAUUACUAGAGGAGCGAGACAUAGCUUUGAUGAGGGCAAGAAAACUGGAAGAGGAAUUGUUAAAGUAUCAAAAAGAAAACACAUCUUCAAACAGCGAGCAACAUCUAAGGGCAAAACUGGCAAUUCUCCAACAAGAGCGCGAUCUGGCACUUGCGCAAAAUCGACAACUCGCGGAUGAAAUUCAGACGAUACGCAUCUACUACAGCCUCCACAAAUCCCUCACCUCGGAGUCCCAGCCCGAGGAUGAAGUCAACUCACUUCAUCCCUUCAAGUCCACGAUGAGUAACAAUACAGAGAAGGAAAAGCACCAUCUGGUGGAACAGCUAGCAGAGGAAAGGCGGGAAAAGAGCCACCUACAGAUGGAACUUGAAAAAAUGGAGGCCCAAAUCGGAGAAAAUGCGCGGGAACACGAAAGGCUUAAUAAUCUGGUUGCUGCAUUAAGACGGAAAUUAAAGACAGAGUUGGAGAAAGCCGAGUCAGCUGUUUCACAUGACACGUCGUAUGGCAAUAGAAAUAGCUAACGAUCGGGUUAUUUCCCUUCUCUUUAGUUUGAGCGGCCUUGAUGUAAUAAAUUAAUGUAAACUUGCCGCGGUCUUUGUAUAAUAUGUGUUCAGGCUUCCUUUUAGUCCAUGAUACAAAAAAUAACGAAUAUAAAUAAUUUGUUCAUUUUUAUUGGAUGAUUUGUCAAAAACAUAAGGUCAAGUUAACACUGCAUUUAUUGCUAUUUUUUGAUUUGCCAUAAUUGUUGAGACUUAUUAUAUUCGUGUUAAAACUGUAAGUUCUUUUUUAAAAUUAUUCAAUGAU